AUGACAAUAAGAGAGUCAGUCGACGACCCGAUUAAAGAGCACCUCUUGAAGGAAGUGUCAGACAUUUUAGACGAGACGAGGAAAGCGAUCGACACUUUGGCGAAGACAGGGAAAGAGGCGCUCAGAAAUGGGUUGACUAAAGCCAUUGCAAUCGCCAAAGAGUUGGACACAAAAGUGAAAGCAUUGAAACCCGAGACUGAUUUGGGA